UCUGUGAUUUGUCCUUGAGGGGCUGUGUCACAUUCAACCUUGAUGGCAUCGUGGGAAGAUCAGUUAGGUUCGGAUGUGCCUGUUACUACUAAAUUCUCUCAGCUGGAUGUAAAUGCACCCGAAUUUAUACCUGGUCAACCGUAUAUCUACAAGCCAUCAGAUGUAAUUCCUUCUAAUGCAGGUAGUGAACUACCAGCUCAAACUCUAGAAUCCAAUAAUACGCUUGAAGAAGAAAUAGAAGUUAAACCUGUGAAAAACGAAGAAGCUGUUAUAAAUACGACCUCUGUCGUUCCGGAUAAAGACACACUUAAUCUGGUAUUUAUUGGACAUGUCGAUGCCGGAAAAUCAACAAUUGGAGGCCACCUAUUAUACCUAACAGGUAUGGUAGACAAGAGGACUCUUGAAAAAUAUGAGCGUGAGGCUAAAGAAAAAAAUCGGGAAAGUUGGUAUCUGUCAUGGGCUUUGGAUACAAACCCCGAAGAGCGCGACAAAGGUAAAACGGUUGAAUGCGGUCGUGCCUACUUCGAAACCCCUAAGAAGCGAUUCGUCUUGAUUGAUGCUCCUGGUCAUAAAUCGUAUGUACCCAACAUGAUAUCAGGUGCAUCAGUUGCUGACAUCGCUAUACUUGUGAUAUCAGCUAGACGUGGAGAGUUCGAGACAGGGUUUGACAAGGGCGGGCAAACCAGAGAACAUGCUUUGUUAGUUAAAACUGCCGGUGUUAAGCACUUGAUUGUGUUAGUCAACAAAAUGGAUGAUCCAACUGUUUUGUGGGAUGAGACUCGCUACACGGAAUGCAGAGACAAAAUUUUACCAUAUCUGAGGAAGAUAGGGUUUAACACAAAGAAUGAUGUUCACUGCAUGCCAUGUUCGGGAUAUGAUGGGGCGUUUCUUCGGGAUAUUCCAAAUGAGUCUGUCUGUUCGUGGUUCAGAGGUCCUAGUUUGCUGGAAUACCUAGAUAGUCUGCCCAGCUUUCCACGAUGUACAGAUGGUCCUUUAAGACUUCCUGUUUCCGACAGAUACAAAGAUAUGGGUACAUUCGCCUCUGGAAAAGUUGAAUCUGGAUCAGUAUCGAAAGGCCAAACGAUUGUCUUAUUACCCAAUAAAUUGAAUGUGGAGGUCAUGCAGGUGUAUGUUGGAGAUACUGAAGUUGAUUUCGCGACUGCUGGAGAACAUUGUAAGCUGAAACUGAAAAAUAUUGACGAGGAAGAUAUCAGUCCUGGAUUCUGUUUUUGUUCGGAUAGUUUAUGCCAGGUUUCAAAUCUAUUUGAUGCGCAACUACUGAUUACGGAGUACGAUUCUAUCAUUUGCCCAGGAUUUAUGGCUGUACUUCAUAUUCACUCAUGUGUAGAAGAAGUACGUAUAAGUAAAAUCGGCUGUCAGUUAGAUAGAAAAACAAAUCAGUUGCUAAAAAAGACUCCCAGAUUUAUCAAAAAGGAUGAUGCUGCUAUUGUACGGCUCACGGUUCUAGGCGGACCAAUUUGUCUAGAGAAAUUUAAAGACUUUCCACAACUAGGACGUUUCACUUUACGCAUUGACGGAAAAACAGUUGCCAUCGGGAAAGUUAUGAAAAUUUUGGAAUCUGCUAAUCCCGAUUAGUGAGAUUGUAUAUUUUUAAUCCACUAAAAUAUUAUUAUCCGGUUUCGUAAAUGUGGUAAUGAUCUUUGAUUUUUCAUUUAAAUGUGAUUUGAAAAGUCGACAAGUGUCCAUUUGCAAUAAUUUAAUCAUUUUUAUCUGCAGCUUUCGUUUGUUUAUCAAUUUUGAUGAACAAGAUUUUGUGUUAUUGAAAUAAGCUGUACGAAUUCGCUGAUGUGCUGUAUCGAAAAUGUUUUUUGAUGAUAAAAUUAAUUAUAAGGUAACAGUACUCUUCUCGCAAACAAUCUUAUUAGGGCAAACCUUUUAGAAGCUUAUCGAGUUGUCAAAGUAAUCCAAAAAUUUAUUCUGACUAUAAAUAUAUAGUUAUCGUUGUUUUUCCCAAAGAUUGACAAACUAAAUUUAGCUUGC